UGGUGGCGGCGGCGGUCCUGAGUACAAGCGCGGCAAGAGGUUCCAAAAGCUGGUUACUCUUAUGGAUUCGAGCCAGGCGCAGCAGGUCCAGAACACAUUCCGCAAACGCGCCCUGGGCACCGUUGCCCUGCUGGCGGGUGUCCACAUCGUGUGCUUCGUGCUCACUGUCACCGCCAUCCAGUCGCAACGCACCCGCAUGUUGCUACUCAGUCGGGCCGGCCAGUCCCAGCGCUACAUGCACCAGAUCCUGACCGAUGUCCGAUCCCUGGACGUCAUCUCGAAGAACCGGACGGUCCCGUGGCUGUACACUGAGGCCGAUGCGAUGCCGUUUGUGAAUCGCAUUGCCGAGGGAGCUGAGGAGGUCAAGGUACGACUGAACGAGAUCAGGAGCGCCUAUUCCCAGCCAGGCUCCCCUUUCCUGGAGCUGUUGUUUCACGACUCACAGACGGUGUGGGAUUCAAAGAUGGCCGACGGCUCAGACCAGUACAAGAACCUGACAGCUUGGGAGCUCUCGGCACGGUUUUACGCCAUGGCCAAGAGCAUACAGCAGUACCACGGCGAUUGGGUCCGGGAGGGGGUCUACAUAGCUGACACGCAUCCCGGGCAGUUCCUGCUUAGGAGCGGACCAGACCUCUUCCAGGCUCUGCACAAGAUCCUGAACGCCCUCAUGUACGUUGCUGUGGACAACACCCGUUGGGUUGAGUCACUGCAGUUUAUCUUCCUGGCUGUUGAAGGAGCUGCCAUCAGCUGCUUGUCCGCAUUCUACCUAGCGUACCUGCUACGCUCGGUUGCAGCACAACGGUACAAACUGUACGGCAUCUUCCUAGUCAUACCCGUGGGCCUUACGCGCGCGCUGGCAUCCCAAAACACCAAUCUCCAUCUGGACGAUGACGAUGAG